AUAUACUGAUACUGAGGAGCGAGGAGCCCACUCGGUGCAAAGACGACUACAUCGAGUUUAUUCGAGUAAGGGCCAACUGCUCGUGAUGGUGCGGUCCGACGACAGUGUCAGAUAGCCGCCUCGCACGCAGCAUGGGAGCGAACAUGGGCAAGAACUCCAGCCUGCUGGACGCGCUGCCCACGGCCCAGGGCACGCUGCACGUCGUCAUGCUGGGGCUCGACUCCGCCGGCAAGACUACCGCGCUCUACCGCCUCAAGUUCGACCAGUACCUCAACACCGUCCCCACGAUAGGCUUCAACUGCGAGAAAGUUAAAGGCACCAUCGGGAAAUCUAAGGGCGUCAACUUCCUCGUUUGGGACGUCGGCGGCCAGGAGAAACUCAGGCCGCUCUGGAAGUCCUACACGAGAUGCACGGACGGCAUCAUUUUCGUCCUGGACUCGGUCGACGUCGAAAGGAUGGAAGAGGCCAAAAUGGAACUGAUUCGCACGGCCAAGUCGCCGGACAACACCGGCGUGCCGAUACUUGUGCUGGCGAAUAAGCAAGACUUACCGGGGGCGAAGGAGCCUCGGGAGCUGGAGAAGCUGCUGGGCUUACACGAGCUGGUGUCGUCCCCGCACGGCUCGCGCGACGCGCACGCGUGGCACGUGCAGCCCGCCUGCGCCAUCACCGGCGACGGCCUCCACGAAGGCCUGGAAGCGCUUUACGAGAUGAUACUCAAGAGGAGAAAAUUAGCUAAGUUGCAGAAGAAACGGGUCAGAUAAACUGACUUGCGCUUUCGUAUAACGGUCGAAAACUUUGACCAAUUCAUUACGGUUUGCGAGUUAAGUAUUCAAAAUGCUCACGUUGCGGACGUUUUUACGUUCGAGUUUAAAACACCAAAAAUUGUUUUUACUAUAGAUGUAUAACGUCUUAUGAAAAUAUUCCAUCAUAAUGUUGCUCAAGUUAUACUGAACAUUUUGACGGAGAUGAAUAUUUUGAUAAAACUAAUUUAACUACUAGUCAUUUUCUUUUGAAAAUAGCUAGGGGAAGGGUGAAGAUAAUAAGAUAACAUUUGUUCCAUAACCAUGUGUUGUUGCUGAAGUAAUUUUACUGUGUAAUAGCCGGGCUACACGAGGCUAGCUUUCAAACAUUAGCUGACUAGGAAGCUAGUAACAUCUGGCUUGGUGCGAACAGAACUAUGAACUUUAUUUUUAUGUUCAUAAGCUUUCAAAAUACCAAACAGGAAUGUUAAACACAAUCCAGAGACCUAAGUAGCUAUUUCAUGUAAUGUCUUUGAAAAUUAGCCUCAAGUUACCUAGCCAUUAGUUACGUAAUUUAAGGAAUGGAUGGAUAAACCUCAGUCUUCAGGAAAGUAGGUUUAUUAAAUGACAAAACCUUGGCUUAAAAUGUUACGUUCAAGAACACAGCUAAGUUUGUCGACCACAAUAUCCUGUGGGACCAUUUAAUGAUUUUGGGAAUCUUCGCGCUAAACAUAAGCACGUUGAAUGCACUUUAUGAACGAUCCCUUUGGCUGGCUAAACGUGCGGACUGCGAGUUAUAAUGACUAUGUGUACGUACCUAAUAAGUAGAUUAGAUAUAGGUAACACUGGUCCCUACUUUCUGCUCUUGAUACCCUUAUCUUCAUCCUGCUAUACUAAACCCUUCUAAACGUCCAUACCAAAUGUUUCUUGAGUAGCAACUUACGACAAUUUAGUCUGUAGAUUAUUUAAAUUAUUGUGAUGUUCUAUGUAUAACUUUUUAAAGAGGCUUUUAAUGUUUGUGUUUGGACGGCUUCUUCGUAUGUAAAUAAGUGUAAAUAUUCCCUAGAAACAGUUACUUAGUCCACGAUGUGUUUUAAUGUACUUAUAGGUACCUAAAACUUUUCACUGCGCAUUUGAUUUAAUGAAACUAAAUGGGCAUUUAAUUUACUAAUUUCUGAUUUAUAUUUCAAUUACACUGAGCUAUCUGGAAUCUUAAUCCCUGAUUUGUCGUAAAAUGCAUUCGAUGUAACUAUUCGUAUCAAUAUUGGAGUCUACUUUUUAAACAGGAUUUCCACAAGAAACAAAAGUGA